AUGGCCAAUCGCCUGAUCAACGAGACCAGCCCCUAUCUCCUGCAACACGCCGAAAACCCCGUGGACUGGUACGCCUGGGGCGAAGAGGCCCUCGGCCGCGCCCGCGACGAGGACCGGCCAAUCCUGUUGAGCAUUGGGUAUUCCGCCUGCCACUGGUGCCAUGUCAUGGAGCGCGAGUCCUUCGAGAACGAUGACAUCGCCGCUCUCAUGAACGACAGCUUCGUCAAUAUCAAGGUGGACCGGGAGGAGCGGCCCGACCUGGACGCCGUUUAUAUGGAAGCCGUCCAGAUGAUGACCGGUAGCGGCGGUUGGCCCAUGACCGUGUUCCUGACGCCGGAAGGUCACCCCUACUACGGCGGCACCUACUUCCCGCCCGAAGACCGCGGUGGCAUGCCCGGAUUUCCCCGGCUGCUGGCCGCCGCCAGCCAGGCCUAUCACACCAACAAGGGCGAGAUCGACCGCGUCACCCGCCAGCUGUCCGAGCAGAUGGGCCGCACCAGCGAGAUGCCUCGCGGCUUCACGCCGCUGACCACGGAGAAGAUGGCCUAUGGCGGCAUCUACGACCAGGUUGGCGGCGGUUUCCACCGUUAUUCCACCGAUGCCUACUGGCUCGUUCCCCACUUCGAGAAGAUGCUCUAUGACAACGCCCUCCUCGUGCGGUUGUACCUCCACGCCUGGCAGGUGACCGGCAACCCGUUGUAUCGCCGGAUCACCGAGGAGACCCUGGACUACGUCCUGCGAGAGAUGACCGACCCGGCCGGUGGGUUCUACUCGGCGCAGGACGCCGAUAGCGAAGGCGUCGAGGGUAAGUUCUUCGUGUGGACACCGGACGAACUGCGUCCCCUGUUGGGCGACGACGCCGACCUGGUCAUGGGUUACUACGGCGUCACCGAGCGCGGCAACUUCGAAGGCGAAAACAUACUGAACGUGACCCGGCCGCCCGAGGAGUACGCCAGCCAGCGGGCGUGUCCGAAGAUAGCCUGGCCAGGCAAUCACCCGCGCCCGCGCCAUCCUCCUCGACCGCCGACGGCCGCCUCCUUCGAACCUGGCCGAACGCCAGGCCAAGCUCACGGCUACCUGGAAGACUACGCCUGCCUGGCCGACGGCCUGCUGUCCCUCCACGAGGCCAACGCUGGAGCCCGUUGGCUACAGGAAGCGGUGUCCGUCGCCGACGAUAUGGCUUGCUGUUCUGGGACGACGCGGUUUGGCGGUUUCUACGACACGGGCAGUGAUCACGAAGAGUUGGUGUGA